GAGCGUGAUUAGGCAACAUCAGAUAAGCGUCGACAGGGGUCUUCGGUUUUCCUUUCAGUUGUGUGUAGCCUAACUCGUUAUCAACAUCGCCGUGACAAGCGAGCACCGUCAGGCACGACCGGUGAUCUAUGAGAAAUGGGGCUCGGCGUGUUGCACAUCGUCCUGUUCGCGAUCGGAGCGGCGAACGCCGCGAUCAACGAAGACACUAAACAUUGGCGUAAAUUAGCUAUGGAGGAGCUACAGGAGGCUCUGUCUUAUAAAUGGAACGGGAACAAGGCGAAGAACGUAAUCGUCUUCGUGGGCGACGGUAUGAGCCCCGACACCAUCACCGCCAGCAGGAUCUACCUGGCUGGCGAGACCAGUUACCUCGCCUGGGAGAAAUUCCCCCAUAUAGGAAUACUGAAGACGUACAACGUGAACAAACAGGUGCCGGACUCGGCGUCCACCGCAACCGCUUUGUUCGGCGGCGUGAAAACGAAUUACGAGGUGGUCGGGCUGAACGCGAAUGUACCGCUCGGCGAUUGUACUGCGAGCUUGAAUACCGACCACCACGUGGACUCGAUCAUCUCGUGGGCGCAGGCCGCCGGUAAAGACACAGGAUUCGUGACCACCACCAGGAUCACACACGCUACUCCCGCGCCUUUGUAUGCACACGCUGCCGACAGGAGGUGGGAAUGCGAGUCUAGGAUGCCUAAGAACGCCACCCAGUGCAAGGACAUCGCGAGGCAGCUGGUGGAAGACCUUCCGGGGAAGAAUAUUAAGGUGAUCAUGGGAGGAGGUAGACAGAUGAUGAAGAGCAACGCGACGGGCACCGAGUUUGACCCCAUAGACACCUGGGCUGGCGCUAGACAAGACGGGCGAAACUUGAUCGAAGAAUGGAAGAAGGAUAAAGCGUCCAGGAAACUGUCGCACAGCGUUGUUGAGAACAACGAGCAGCUGCUCAAGCUGGACACUAAGAAAGUGGACUACGUGUUAGGGGUUUUCGCGAACGGCCACAUCAGCAUGGACUGGAACAGGGAGAAGGGUCCAAAAGGGCAACCGAGUCUCGAGCAGAUGACGGUAGCCGCGUUGAAGAUCUUGCAGAGAUCGAAACACGGUUACUUGCUAGUGGUGGAAGGAGGACUCAUCGAUUUCGCUCAUCACAGAGGCCACGCGGCACAGGCACUGUUAGAGACCGUCAGGUUCUCAGACGCUAUAAACGCGACCUUGAAGAUGAUCAACACUGACGAUACGCUGGUUAUCGUAACCAGCGAUCAUACCCACUCGAUGAGCUUCAACGGGUACAGCGAUCGGGGCUCCAACAUUCUAGGAAUCGCUCAGAAAUCGAAAACCGAUCAUAUCCCGUACACGACGCUGACUUACAGCACCGGAGGCCCGAACAAUACCGCGUAUAUCGUGGACAAGAACAAUACCCGGAGGAAAGACCCUAGCAAGGAGAACACGACAGCGUUCACGUACAGCCAGCAAGCGGGCAUUGUGACGGAUGAGGCUUAUCAUGGCGGCGGUGACGUAGCCGUGUAUGCAAUAGGCCCCAUGGCGCAUCUCUUCCACAGCGUGCACGAGCAGAGCUACGUCGCGCAGGUGAUAUCCCACGUGGCUGACAUAAAGCUGAAGCAGACGAACGCCGGGACAAUUGUCGGUUACAGCGUGUUGACGCUGGUCUCUUUGCAUUGCUGCCUGAUGCUCGCAGCUAGACAGAUAUAGACGAAACGCUGAACACGAACAGCUCCGGACGAUUGGCUAGACUUGCUCUGGUUCCGAUCGAAAAGAAUUUCUUCCUAAAUGAUAUUCACUUUCCUUGGUGUGUAGGGAACUAGGUAACUUGGUGUAUGCAUGAUGUGUAAUCUUUAGACCUACUUAGGACUGUCCGUUGCUAGCGGAGUUUGAGUAGCUAAAGCUUCACCUGUCGGAAGUCUGAGAUCUUAGUGUCCUUAGAAAAUUGAUCUUACGCUAAUUAGAGUAUUACGUAUUAUGAACAGUUGACUUUAGUAUUAUGUAACGAGAUCUCGUGCGGUCACUGGAACCACGCGAUGAUCGUGGGAUAUCAGGAAUGACGGAAAUCUCUGAUUGGAGAUGAUGGAGGAGAAUGGGUUAAUGAGCGUGAUCGGUUGCUGUUCGGCAAUUAUCUCGGGAGGAAUGACUGGAUCGUUAUUGGACACGGGUGAUAGGUUAAUUUCGGUAAUUUUUGUGACGCUCGAUGAUCUUGCCAAGAGAAUUCCUCCGUUUCCGGUGUUACACGGGCUAACCUGCGGGUACAAGCAGUAUUGAUUAAAGACGACGUUUCGUUGUAAUUAACGUAUAUUUAAAAAAGAAGUUUGACGAUGUUACACAUGUAUCCUUAUCGUACUUAAGUAAGUGGGACAUCAAGUGGCCGUUAAAAAUACAACUUGGCUCCACUUCAUCACAGAUUAGCCUAACUCGUUCAGUGGACGCACCAAGUCCUCUUCUAAAUGGCGGUCGAAAGACUCUGUGUACGCGUGUGUGUAUGAACGUGUGUGUGUUUGUGUGAAUGCACGUGUGUAAAUGUGUAAGUGUGAAUGACAUACAGAGAAUAAUCCUCUUCUCGCGUUUUCGUAUAUCUAUAUAUUUAUAAUAUAUAUAAUAUAUAUUUCCUCUUUUAUCCCUACGCGCGCGAUUUCUAUCUUUCACUCGUCCCUAUUCAUUAUGUACAAAGAAAAAGAGAAAAAGGAAAACAACGGGAGGUGGGGUGGGGAGGGAGGGGAAAAACAAGUUUUUUUAAAAACAAAUUCUCAGUCUUCUGCUGCAGAGGAUUGGUCGUUGCCGCGACCUCGUUUAGACAACUCCCUGGAGAUUGCUGUUCCGCGUGUCCUCGGAUAAUUGCGAUUCUCGGGGUUCAGCUUUACUUCCUAGCGAAAUAAAGGUAGAAACCGAACGUUCGACAUUACAACUGGUCUACUGGUUGCAGGGGGAACGUGUACGAUUAUGGGAACCCGUUCGUCUCGUCUGUUUCCACCGUAGAAGCUAUCCUCGCAGUCGCGUCCGCGCAUCCUCUCCUAUCCUCUAAAACGUGUUGCUACGACCCGACGCGCGAUUCGCAAAGAAAAACAAAAAGAAACAAGGAAGAACGGAAAAGAACCGAAGAACGUUGGAACCCGCAGGAACUGACAGGUCGUCUCUCGCGCAAUUCAUUCCAGACCCUCGAUAUCAGAAAAUUCGAACGUCGACUCGCUAAUAUCGUGACUAGACCGACGAUGUUUAUGCAUUCGCGUGCUCGGAAGUUGAUUCAGCGGAAUUCGAAUCGAUUACGCAUCGUUCCCGCAGUCAAUGAAUUUCAGGGGAGCGAUACGAGUGAAAUAACCUUGACGUUUCGAACUUCGACGAUGUUCCUGCGCUUUCCGCUGCAUAAAGAUCCGCGAUCCGAUUGCGAGUACCUCGCUUCAUUGCGCAAGAGGCCUCGGCCGGUAACCUAACUACGAAGCUAUCGAGAAACGGAUGACGAUGGCUAGCUCUAGAAAUUGUCUAUCGUUCGCGAGCGUCCUACCGGUCAACUGUAGCCUGCUUUCCGAAGAGAACGAGGAUAAUGUGUAAUUCUAUUAACGCUGCGAUCUACUUUAAUUAUUCAAGACAUCUCAACAAUCCUUAAACUACCGUCAACCUGCCGCGAACUCAUUAACGCGAGAAUUCUAAUUCUCUUUUACCCAGCUCCCAAUCUCUGAAAACCUCCGAAUCCAAGAUUUCAGCUCCACUCUACAAAGAACAACAAAACUCCCUGCAAUACCCUAUUGUCCAGUACCCCAAGAUCCUCUCCGAAUGAAUAUUCCAUCUCUCUAAAACUCGAAUACCUCAACGUCUUAUAUAAACUCUUACAUUCCUCUCGCGAAUAGCAGACUACAGUGAGCCUAGAACAUCAGAAGAUACUCCGAAAUACUAUAGUCGAAUCGGCCGGCUACACGAUUUAUCUGAUCGAUCGCGAUCAUCAAGUGCAUGAUCACAGCGCUUUGUCCUUCUUGUGUUUGGCGGUCCUGGGCGUGCUCUCGUAGAACAUUAUCUUCAGCGAGAUGCAGCCGAGGAACAGCAGUGCUGACGUUAAGAAGAUGAAUCCCGGUGUGUACUUGCCAACUACCAUUAUGCUGAACAGUCCUAUCAACUGGCAGAACAGCACAAGCGGCGCCAGGUAGAUGGCUAACGUUAGGUACAACGAACAGCUUUGCUUGGGUUUCCUUCGCACGACCCUCUGGAACUUCACUGGAGGCUUCGGAACGUCGUCGGUCUGCGUGGUCUGCUUCGAUUGGAAGUCAUCGGACUGGAUGCCGCGGAGAAGGCUGUGUCGGAGUUGCUGGUAAAUGUGGAAGACUCUGGCCACGAUCACUCGCAGUAGCUGGCCCAGGCAAACGUGAACCUUCCUCGGGAUCGGGUGAGACUUGGAGUUGUCCACCGAGUAGAGGAGAUACGGGAACAGGUUGAGAUUCUGACAGCAAUGGCGGAUCCUCUGCAUCGACGCGUGACGAAACAGCAAUGGCGGCCCGCUGUUGCUGCCGUCUGCGAAAUAAAUUUUUCCGGUUUUUUCAUUCGUUUUCGUAUUAUUCGCGUGUCGGAAACACUGGUUAUCGCGGGGGUUACGUCACUCGGUAGUGACGAGGUUAUCGGUUGAAUGGAACUCCCACCUUUUAGGAUGUUCGAGACACGACGAACAAGAGUCUCUUUGCGAACGACGUCCUCUGACUCCAUUAUGCCGGACACGUUCGACAUGCUGUCGGUUUGCGUGUGGUGAUAUCGAGACUCGGUUGCUGAUGGUUCUUUGUUGGUGUUCCUGGGAUUGUUCAGGCUCUGUCCUGGAUGUGCGGUGGCUAUUGAUUCCUUCUGAAAACAGAGGUUUAUCUUUUAGAAUAAUCGGACGGUGACUCAUUUGGCGAUAGCCUGAGGUUUUCGGGAAUGAAAGGUUGAUAUUUCAUCAGUUACUUCUGUUGUUAAUUGAAUUUCGCUUGUUUGUUUCUUGAAAACAUGCUGGGUGAUACGCAAUCUUUCUUUUUUUAGUGUUCCAGACGAGAAAAGUAACUUAGCGUACGCGAUCGUUUACCCGUCGUUCCUUCUCAGAAAUAAUUUCAAUUGGAUUUCUCGACACGGAUGUUCAAGGCACAACGAAGGAAAUAAUUUUAUAUAUUCAGUAUUCCACGACUUAACUCUAUUAACAAACACACCCUCGUUCUCCCAAGGAUCGACAAACUCAAGCAUACAAUCAGCAACUCGGAGAGAAACUGCAUCCACUAUGAAGACCUACCGGAAUCAGUGCAGGGGCAUUGAUGAUUUCGAGGACGACGAAGAAGCGUUUCGAUCAGCACUGAACACAGACUAACUUUCACGUUCGACGAAGCUCCGUAGAAAAAAAGGAAAUGAAAAGAAAAAGAACCAGCACGAUAGCCCGGGCGACCCGAGAUUAACACUCGAACGGCGCCUCGCUUUCGGUCGAAUCUCGAGCUGUAUAGCGCGAAUCGAGCCGUGUAUUCAAAUAGUCUUCACCUCUAACAAGUCAAACUCUCUGUUUAACUCUACGAGUCUCUAGAAACCACUGGUACAUUUGAAAACCGACGAACAACUACCGAAUAACCAGAAGAUCACAGAAACUGCUGUCUUUCUGCGAUUACUAGAGAGUUUAUCAAGAUUCCAAGCGAAUCGAGCCAUGCAUUCAAAUAGUCCUCACCUCUGAGAAGUCAAACUCUCUUUUUAACUCUAAGAAUCUUCAGAAACCACUGGUACGAUUGACAACCGACGAACAACUAAAGAAUAACCAGAAGAUCACGGAAACUGCUGUCUUUCUGCGACAACUAGAGCGUUUAUCAAGAUUCCAAGCGAAUCAAGAUCGCGUGUACGCGAGAUGCACCGUUUCCCAGUGACAAGACCUUUAUGACACGCUCACGACCGGUCCGGCUGAUAGUAAUAUACUCGCGACGAGUGUCCCCGUGUUCCCGCUGAUCAACGCGAAUUAUAGUAACGUCGUUUAGAGGAGAUGCUACGCAGAGCUCGAGGGGGACUGGUCUCUAGCACGCCGCAGCCAUGUGCGCGGUGGCGGGUCAGGUGGAACAGGAAUAGCAAACUUCCCGGGAAGCCCAAGACUAUACGAUCGAGCGGAUUCCGACGAGCCUUUGCCGCAAGAAACGUCGAAGAACCCUUCAGCCUUAUUUGAUCAAUCGCCGAGACGACGGACCUGUCUCCGCUGGCAAUUAAACCCGUCUAAGGGACGCGGUUUCUGGAAAACGCGGUAAAAACGAGCUGGAGCAUGAGGCCUUCGUUCUAGCCAAUAUCCUUCGAUCUGGAUUGCUGGUGAUUGUAGCCAUUGCUGGCUUUAUUUGGUAUAUCCUGUUUUUCCGCGAUCAGGUUUGAUGCUUCGCGAGGUCUUCGAUGAAUCUGUCGAGUGAAUCGCGAUGGUUUUGGGUGGUGGAUGCGGAAUUUGACAUUGACUUUGGUAGGAUUUAGAUAGAUUACUUUGAAAGUUAGAUGAUUACUCAGAUAUGUAGAUGAUUACUCAGAAAUUUAGAUGGUUACUCAAAUAUUUGAAUCAUUAUUACGAGAUUUAGAUCAUUACUCCAAAAUUGUUAAAUCUCUUUCGCGCUAUUAUUCACAAUACUGAUACUAGUCUCGAAAUACAAUAUUUCUAGUAUGUUAAAAGUUCUUUAUAUGGUUACUCAAAUAUUUGAAUCAUUACUCCAAAAUUGUUGAAUGUCUUUCGUGCUAUUAUUCACAAUACUGAUACUAGUCUCGAAAUACAAUAUUUCUAGUAUGUUAAAAGUUCUUAAAGGCAAACUACAAUAGAUAAUUGCUUUCAACCGUUAAUAACAGGUAGAUAUCAAUACACAAUAUCUUGUAACAGUAUACCAAAGAAAUCUGUCCUUUAACUCAACCAAACAAUCGAUUCGCCCUAUCAAAAACACUCGUCCUGACAUUCCCAACUACGCAAAUCAUUUCCAGAAAACAACAGAGUGUCUACCUCGGCUCUGUUAUUAAAACAAUCAGGGCAAAGAAGUAGCCCCAAAAAACGAUCAUCACAACGUCGAAACGGUACAAAGUUCGUCAGACACGGAUCGCCCUGAACUCAUAAUAAUCGACGAACCCGUUGCCCGCGUAUAAUCGAAACCACGUGCGAUCGAAUGGUAUAAUUAUUCAAAUAACAAGAAACCAAUACAAAAUUCUCUUCCUCCAAUUUCUUACUGAACCUUCCAAACACUUUCAAAAACUCUCGUCCCAAAUAACAACAAAUUAUCAUACAUACUUCUUUUCCAU